GAGCGACACAACAUUACUUGGUGUCAAGGCGUCGGUGGAGGAGUAACGGGUCAGGAGGAGCCAGAAGUCUACGCCGCCCCGCCGGACCUCCCCCGUCACUCUCAACAGCAACAGCAGCACUAAGACCACCACCAAGACCACCACCAACAACUACCACCAGCAUGAAGAUGAUGGCUGUAAUAGUGCUGAUGGUGAUCAACAUUCUCCACACUGGGGAAGCUGUAGAGUGCUACGACAUCGAUAUCGAGGAGUGUGGAGGUUCCUGCUUCACUACAGUCAACCAAGGGAAGGAUACAACGCAAGGCUGUCUUCCUCUUAUCCAGAGCGAUGGAGACACGCCGGAUAAUUUUGGCUUCACCAUUACAACCUAUUGCAACAGCGACUUGUGCAACACUGGUCACACUACUUCGUUAAGCUACGCCGUGCUCCUUCUGGUCCUGGGGCUCCUGCUGCGGAUGUAAACUAC